UAUUGACACAACCCAUGUGCGCAGGGAUCAAGCAGGGUUGUCCUUCAGUGCAGCUGAAGAGAUAGCAUUCAUUCCAGCUCAUUCUAAUUGUACUUGGAAUAACUAUACGCUAAAGGAAACUACAGCGCUGUGAACCAUGGCGGCAAGGAUUUUGCCCGUAGUGAAACUGGCCACCAAGGUGACCAUUGCAGGAGGAGCUCUUUACGUUGCCUGUGACUCUGGUUUGUUGGGAAGCGGUGAGCAAGGGUCAGAGGCCCUGGAGAAGGCCAAGACUGCAAUCCCCCCCGCUGUACAGGAAUGGAUGAAGUACUUUGGCCUGGAGGCUCAGCUUCCCACCAUGCCUAAGGUUGAAUUCUCCCCUGUUCAGGCGUGGAACUCUGGAGUGCGGUGGACAAUUUCAUCUCUCUCAGAGGCUCCAACAAAGGCAACUGAAUACACAAAUCAGGGUUUGCAGUACCUGAAAGACCUCACCAAGUGAACAGGAACUUUUGGCAAGCUGACAUUUAUCAAUCUUUUUGACUUUUGCACUUAAGAAACAACAUUACUUCUUCAAACGUUGUAGCCCCUCACAAGAAAGAAGAAACGGCCAACAUGAAAGAAAACUGCUAGAUGAAAUUCAGCUGCAGGGAGUGUAGUCCUCGGAAUGGUACUGUGGUUUUGUACAUGAUAGCAGCAUUGGUUGGGAGUUGUACAUAAAGCGAAGAAGUAAAAUGUGUUUUCAAAGGGUUGCACUGUCAUUUUGUGUAUAACCACAGAUUUGUGUGUACAGACUAAUUCUGCUCUCCCCCCCUUUUUUUUUCUCAAACCAUCCAAAUAAUGUAAUGAAGAGAGUGUCUCUUGUAUAUAUGCAGUUUCACUAUUGGUGACUAAGUAAUACAUCAAUCUUAAAACAUG